AUGGCCAAGACUGGACGUGGUGCCCCCGGUGGCAAGCUCAAGAUGACUCUCGGUCUCCCUGUCGGAGCCGUGAUGAACUGCGCUGACAACUCCGGCGCCCGAAACCUCUACAUCAUCUCCGUCAAGGGUAUCGGCGCCCGCCUCAACAGGCUCCCCGCCGGCGGCGUCGGCGACAUGGUCAUGGCCACCGUCAAGAAGGGAAAGCCCGAGCUCCGGAAGAAGGUCCACCCCGCCGUCAUCGUCAGGCAGUCCAAGCCCUGGAAGCGGUUCGAUGGUGUUUUCCUCUACUUUGAGGAUAACGCCGGUGUUAUCGUCAACCCCAAGGGUGAGAUGAAGGGCUCUGCCAUCACCGGUCCCGUAGGAAAGGAGGCUGCCGAGCUAUGGCCCCGUAUCGCCUCCAACUCCGGUGUCGUCAUGUAA